AUGAUCUUGUACAUUAGUUUGUGUUUCAUAUUGGUAGUUUUAGCUGAUCCGUUGCCAGGCAAGCACGUACCGCUAGAGAGCUAUGAGAGUGAACUGGAGAGGGAGCACGCGCUGCCGACAUCCGUCCCCAAUGCCGACAUACUCAAGACUAAUAGCAACCCGACGUACCAUAAGCCGAGGCCACCACAGCACCACGGCGCGGCCCUGCUGGCCGGGGUGGGGGGAGGGGGUGCCGUCCCCUCGUACGCACCCCCUGGCAGAGCUUUCUUCACCCCCCCUCUGCCGCCUGAGUACAGAAACCCCUUCGCUGACAAGCCAACACUUCGAGGCACAAAUACAGAUGGAAACAAUUAUCUCAAUAGGCGGCCUAUACCCCCUCCAUCGUUGGGGCCAGGGCAUGACAGGAUACCCAUCAGACCUCCUGGACAGGAAACUUCAUCGCCCCAGGUGCCAGCGCCACCACCAGCACCGCCACUGCCACCGGCGGGUAUCGAACCCCAGAAGAAGAAGCCUCUCAAUACGCCUAGCCAUAAGCCGGAUGAACUAGACAGCGACAUCAAACAGCCGGGAACCGACCAAGCAAACUUCACCGACUUCGUACCGAACUCCCUGAACAUCCCGACCAUAUCAAGAAUACUCUCAGGAUCCAAUGGACGCAAGGAAGAUAUACCCGACGUUCUUUUACGAACCGUCACCGCAAAACCCCAACAUAACCAAGAAAAGACCUCCAAGAGUGACGUCUACGUCACUAAGGAGGUCGGAGUCACCUUAAGUGACUCCAGUAGGGAUUCCUCAACAGAAGGAUCCGUUUUAGCAGUUUUAGACCCAGAAAUGAACAAUCUAGAUAGACCUUUAAUUGUAGACCAAAAUGGAGAGACCAACACGAGAAGGAAUCUCCAAUAUGCCACUAACAAACAGACAGAUAGAAAUGAAAGUAGGAAGGAUGAAUAUACCCCAGCUACUACCAUAGGUUUUGAGCUAAAAGACCCUGAAAUGUCUACGGAAAGGUAUCAUAAUCUAGCGAAUGUAAAUUCAGAUAAAAAGAUCUUGAAACAAGAUUCGAAGAACUCAGGGCCAGUUCAAAGACCGGGUGCAGCUUGGCCGUUCGCGUGGAACCUCCACAUCUACCUCGCGACAGUCAUGUUCACCAUUCUAGCAGUAUACUCCAUCUUUAAAAUAGUCUGCUACAACAAGUACACGCAUUUGUUCACUCAGUACUACUUCAUCAUCUUACAUCUGAUCUUGGUCCUCGUCUGUCUUCUCAGAAUCUUUUACAUGUGCUACGAUCCGUACAACAUAAACAAUUCCCUCCCUAAGUUCAUAAGUGAAAUCCUCCUCCACAUCCCAGAAAUAUUCCUUAGCAUAGCAUUCGCUUGUAUCAUACUAUUCCUCCUAACAAAUAGCAUUAACUUUAAGAAUACCUGCUGUUCAUUCCUCCUUCGUCCUAGAAUUAUUAUAAUAGGCGGCAGUCUGCACAUACUGUCCUGUUUAAUGUUGCAUAUCUUUGAGAGUAAUAAUACAAUUAAUAGAAGUACGCACGGCGGCGAAAAGAGGGUAUUAGGUCUUACUUGUCAAAUAAUAUUUAUAAUAGCAUGCCUUACUUUAGGUCUCUGCUACCUAUAUGUAUAUAAAAUGCUCAAAACUGUACUUCAGAAAAAGAGUCACACUUAUAUUAAUGGUUUCCAAAAUCUGCAGCAUGCUAUCCAGAUAAAAUUGGCGACGGCAUUACUAUUCAUUCUGAUGGCUGGUCUGCAGAUAUUUGGCAUCUUUGGUAUAAACCAACAUAACAUGACCAAGUUCGACUGGCUUCAAUGGGGCUACCAAUUCUCUCUGAGGCUUCUUGAAGUCAGCAUAGUUGCUCUUAUCUCCUGGGUCAUAAGUCUGAAAGUUGGAAUAGCUCUUCAACACGAAAAGGCCGACGGUCACAAAAUAUCUGGGCUCGGUCUUUUCGCUUGUGGGGCUGGUUCCAGUAACGAACAGUUCGAAUCAGACUACCCAGCGAUAUGCAACACUAACACCAAUCUUCAUACGUACACGAUGAGGACUGGUAAGCCUAUAUAUGAAACGACUGGCCACCACCCAGCCAUGCAAGACCCUUGCUGCGGGCCAGUGUUGGACCACCAGAGGUUCCAACUCAACACUCUGACUGGUAACUGCGACAAUAAUUCUGGAACUGAGAAUUAUUCUGGACACAGUUCCAUAGCGAACGCAGGUCACAGUAGUUCCACGGAGUCCAGUAACGCGACUUCCAGUCAAGGUGUUACUAACCACCUGAUCAAACACCAUCCCAACAUGGCAGGGUAUAAUGGAAUCGAGUCCGCUUCGGACGAUCAUUACUCGAACUGCGACCCUGCCAUACAGUCCCUUCAAGGUGACGAUCCCUUAGACCACGAGUAUAAUGUCAUUCAAUACGGAAGCAACAGUGACUUUAUAAGAGAUAUCAAGAACCAAAACUACAACGCAGGUUCCAACCGCAGUUCACACAACUUCAAACACAUGUCCUAUGACAGGGUGUCUUCAAGGACCAAUAGUAAUCCUCGAAAGAAGCAUCGAGCGAAGAACAAAAAUGUUCAAAAUUGUAUGACGAUGGGAUACGACUCCUCGAUCGGACACCACUACCAUCAGCCACAUUCGCCUGAUGAAUAUGGCAACUAUAAUGCGGAAAACGCCUCCUACCACGCUUCUGGCAUCCAGACUUUGAACCCUAAUAGGAGUUAUAGUAAUGACCCUUGCCAACAGAUCAGGAGCUCGCAGCGCAGAAAUUCGCCGUCGACUUCCAUGGUCAACUCUAGCGGCAGUCAGAAGCGUGGUAAAGGCAAUGGUUUUCCAGAUAGACCCAAGUCUACGGAUUUGUACGGGUUCUCAGAGGACCCUAAUGAGAGGGGAUAUCCUUGCGCGUUAGGAGGGACCCCUCAACCAGCUCCUAGGAACUGCAGUUACGAGGCGUCGUACUCCCAACCGCAGGAUGAAAUCCCAGCGGAGGCCGAGGGGAACAGUAUGCUAGUUGCUCAAGACGGGUUCCUGAGGAUCCGCUCCAUGAAGGACUCGUCUCCGAACCCUCAGCCUUCGCAUACCUGAUUUACCAUAAAUCUGUCGUAUACGACAGAACUCAGUUUUUGAUAAAAUAUAUUCUGUCUGGCUGUGCUAUCAAGUUUGUAUUGAUAUUCUCCAGUCAGUGUACACUUAGAUAUGAUGCAUUGAUGAUGUGCUCAUCAAAAUAUGAUGAGAAUCCUCAGUGCGGACGAAUAAAUAAUAAAAUAUGCCUUAAAACAGGCGAAAUAAAGCAUUUUAAAGCUAUUUUAUUUAAGUAACUUAAUUAUACUUACAACUGUACAGUUCAUAUUGAUUUCUUUUUAAUUUCUUGACUUAAUUACGGCCUCUAAGCGAAGAGUAUUACGUAAAGAUAUACGUAUCAAUAAGAAAUUCAUUUUUACGCCAUGACCCAUUUGACGUUGAAUCAAAAAUCAUGUAAAAUUGUAAAUGUUAGAUAUAAAACGACCUAAUCUAAGUAUAAUAUUCGUAACGGCCUUCUGUAAAUAGCUUAUUUUUUAGUUUUUACGGUCUCUGUAAGAUAUAUCUUAUGACAUUUUCAUUUUAAACAAGUUUAGCUAUCUUUUAAAAACGAAAAGUUGUAUCAUUUUGCAGGGUUUUAGCCAAAACCAUUUUCGGUUUGCAAAUCAAAUUUCUAAUAUCAUUUCUCACUUAGAUAAUAAGACACACAUAAUUACAAUAUCCUAAUCAGUUUGUUUAGUAAUAAAUAAAGAUUUUAAUGUAUGUGAUAUCAAUAUAAACAUUUUAUUUGAAACAAUCUGUCCAUAUUUAAUGUUAAGAUAUUAUCAAAAUAAUUCUAAGUAUUAAGUGUACAACAACAUUUCAAUAAAUGCUGGGCCUUUAGCCAAACGCCACUUUAGCGCUUGUGUACAGAGAGAGUAGAAAACUAAAUGUAUGGGGAUGACACAGACAAGUGUCAAAAUUUACGUCAAUUCCAUAUAAUUUGGUUUUUUAAUCUACAUGUAGACAAGCGCUAAAUUGUAUUUGGCUACAGUUGCUG